CUCCCGCUCGGAAUGAACGCUUCCCCGGUAGAAAUCUGCUGAAAGCUCUCCCAGGGAUCCGCCCCACCUCGUCACCCACUGGGAGCCUGCCCUGCCCGGGGGAACCUGCCCCCGUCCUCUUCCCCUCCCGGCGAUGGACUCCGCUGCUCCUUCCCCCACACCCUGACAGGGAGCCUCCUCGGGGCCACAGAACCCAAAUCCAGGUUACUAAGGAGGCCUCCGCUCCCCGAGUCCCGGAGGACCCCGCGGCCCCCAGCAGCUAGGCCUGGGAGCCGGCCCCGCGUGCGCCCCAAGCCCGCCGGUGGGCGGAGCUCCGCAGGCCCGGCCUGGGGUGGGCUGUCCCGUCGUGACGUCACUUCCGUCCGGGCCUGGCUGGGGUUCGGGCUCCGUGGGCCGACGGCGCGGGGGGUGCACGGAGGUGGCAGCUGUAAGAGGAGGCGGUGCGGGAGGCCGAGGAGCUCACGCCCGGACCAGUCCCGCGUCCCGGGCCGCUAGCCCCGAUCCUGCCGCGCACCGAGAGGCGAGACCGGCCGGAUGGGCCGCUGAGCCCGGACCGGGGACCGUGUGGAGCUCCCUGGAGCUGAAAUCAGGAUGUUCCGCUUCAUGAGGGACGUGGAGCCCGAGGACCCCAUGUUCCUGAUGGACCCCUUUGCCAUUCACCGUCAGCACAUGAACCGGAUGUUGUCAGGAGGUUUUGGAUAUAGCCCCUUCCUCAGCAUCACAGAUGGCAAUCUGCCAGGGACCCGGCCUGCCAGCCGCAGGAUGCAGGCUGGGGCUGUCUCCCCUUUUGGAAUGCUGGGAAUGUCAGGCGGCUUCAUGGACAUGUUUGGGAUGAUGAACGACAUGAUCGGCAACAUGGAGCACAUGACAGCCGGAGGCAAUUGCCAGACCUUCUCCUCCUCCACUGUCAUCUCCUACUCCAACACCGGCGACGGGGCCCCCAAGGUCUACCAAGAGACGUCAGAGAUGCGCUCGGCCCCAGGCGGGAUCCGGGAGACUCGGCGGACCGUGCGCGACUCCGACAGCGGGCUGGAGCAGAUGUCCAUCGGGCAUCACAUCCGGGACCGGGCUCACAUCCUCCAGCGCUCCCGAAACCACCGCACGGGGGACCAGGAGGAGCGGCAGGACUACAUCAACCUGGACGAGAGUGAGGCCGCGGCGUUUGAUGACGAGUGGAGGAGGGAGACCUCCCGAUUCCGGCAGCAGCGCCCUCUGGAAUUUCGGAGGCAUGAGGCUUCCGGGGGCGGAGGACGAAGGGCUGAGGGGCCUCCCCGCCUGGCUAUACAGGGACCCGAGGACUCCCCAUCCCGACAGUCCCGCCGCUACGACUGGUGAGGGCCCUGAGCCCUCGGCCUCUCUUGUAUCUCUUGUACAAGCUGAGAGGCUGAGAUGUCAUCCCCUGAGAUAACUUUUCCCCUUCAACUCCCACUCCCAAUUUAAUAUUAAAUUAACAGGCAAGCUGGCCCCAGCCCCUCCCUGGGGGUCUCAGGGAGAACCUUUCACCGCCCUUUUUCCUUUCCUUCUUUAACCUCUUUACCACAAUGACUUGAUUUUUCACUUUGCUACUCCGUCUCUGAAUCUCCUUCCUUUCCUCGUUCUGCUCCUGCCAUGCAUUGAAGGGGCUUUGAGGUGAGCUCUGGGUUUAGGGGCCCCAGUGACCCUGGCUCUCUGCCCACCUCCUCCUCAUAUCCCCUACUGUAGGGGCCACAGCCCUCAUCCAGGGCUGUGUGUGGAGGGAAAGGACCUGUCCCCAACCCUUUUUCCCUUCCUACCUGCUUCACAUCACAAAGGUCUUCCCCACACCCUCUCUGCCUUUAUUUUUUGAUUUGUGCAACUUGUAACUAGGUGUUUAUGAAAUAAAGGAGAAUGGAAAAAAGA